AUGAAUGAGAGCACAUUGGUCAUUCGAGGAGGAAAGACUCCAUUGCGAAAUGUUGACAGUGUUGGAUAUGUCGAGAAGAACCCAUCUGUAAUCCAUCUAGUCCACUUUCACAAGAUCUUGUCAGUUCCUCCGGCCAUCCUUCACCUCCGUCCUCUGCGCCAAAAAUUCGAAAGCGUCACGAACUGUUGCUCACCAGCAUCAGCAGCUGAAUUGGUCGCACUGUGUGAAGGGCUGGAGAAAGUGAGCCGCAACGAAAAGUUCUUCUACAAAUUCUUUGUCGGAGGCUUAAACGCAAAACUAGGAAAGGUCAGGAAGAUGAAUACAGUAUCAGAAGAUUUGGACUGGGGAUCGCUAUGA